AUGGCAGAUGCUAAAUCUGCCGCCACUACUGUCGGCAUGGUCUUCCAGUCGUUCAACCUCUUCGCCCACAAGACCAUCCUCGAGAACGUCACUCUCAGCCCAGGCAAGGUGCACGGGCUAUCCCACGCCAAGGCCGACAAGCGCGGCAUUGAGCUGCUCGAAUGUCGCGUAACCAUUGGCCAGGCGCUGGCUAUGCAACCGAAAGCCAUGCUCUUCGGCAAGCAGCCCUUGACCCUCAACCCAGACAUGAUCAACGAGGUGCUUGACGUGAUGAUCGAACUUGCCCACGACAGCAUGGCCAUGGUUGUGAUCACCUAUGAUAUAAGGCGUGCCUGA